GAAGACAGAUCAUGAGGACCCUCAGCAUAUUCCUGCUGCUCUCCAUGUCUCUAUGCUGUUUCUUGGAUACUUUUCAAGCUGAUGCACAUGAAGAGGAUAAUUCUGGUCCCCGUUAUGCAUGCGAUAUGAGUUAUAAACCUGUCUGUGGCAGUGAUGGUAUUACCUAUCCCAAUGAAUGUGAACUGCAUAUUAAAAAUCUAGAAAGAUACUUUCCCGUCUUCAUUGACCAUAAUGGGGAAUGCUGAGGAACCAAAAUAUCUUGGAGCACCCAAUCAUUAUACAAAUGGAAAAUCAGAAGAAUUCGGUGAUUUGCCAUAGAUCACAUAGCAAGUAUCCAGAGAUGAGAUUCAAACUGGUUAUCUGUUUUUUUUAAACAUUUAUUAAUAAUCAUUUUUAACAUGGUUACAUGAUUCAUGCUCCUACUUUCCC